AUGGCGCCGCUCGCGCGGUCUGUCCGGCGUGGGGGUAUUCUUAGCGCCUGCUGCCGUACCGCCGCGGCAACCACUGAGCGUCGUCGUCAGGUGUGCGUCACCGUGCUUCUGCUGGCUCCGCGAUAUAUAUACGGGCUGGCAGCAGAUCGCUGCCCCAACUUCUCGCCCCAGCUCCCUCCCAAACAACUGCGAGUAAUGAGCGUCGGCGCCGCCUUCGACUUCACCCGCCUCACGCGGGUCUGGUUCAACGAGCUCGCGUCGGUGAUGAACCUCACCGCGAACGCCGCGGGCGGGCUGAGCGGGACGUACAACUCGGCGGUCGGCACGGCGGAGGACGAGUACGUGCUCACUGGUCGCUUCGACACGACGCCGCCCAGCGGCACGGGCGUCGCGCUCGGCUGGGUCGUCGCGUACAAGAACAGCCUGCUCGACGCGCACUCGACCGCCGCGUGGAGCGGCCAGUUCUACGCGGGCGCAACGGAGCUGGAGGACAUCAUUCUGACACAGUGGUUAUUGACGACGAGCACGACGCCCGCGAACAACUGGGAGAGCACGAAUGUGAACACGGACACGUUCAUGCCCGUGGUGCCGACAACCGCGGAGGUGCAGAAGGCGCAGGCGCGCGGGGCGGGGUCGCCCACCGCGCAGCAGAUCGUCGCCAAGAACGCAAAGCGCGGGGAGUAG